AUCCAGAGCCUUCACCUGCCGUCCCGGAGAGAGCAAACAUUCCUGUUGACCAGACAAGUCAGAUGGGUGGACAAAAGAUGGCCAGGAAGCCUCUCAUGACUAAAAAUUCAGCACGUCACCCAUCUAAGGGUCAACGUCCUGCCUGGGGAUCUUCUCCAUCUGAGGGUCACCGGUCUGCCUGUAGGACGCCCAGUGCAUCUCCUGGAGCUUCUGAGGCUUGGAGUAAUGGAAAGAACAGGUGGAUGAGGGAAAACAAGAAUAUUUCCUCACCAAGGCAGGAUACAGGUAGACGAGAGACGUCCACGAGAAACGUCACUCCAGCUUCUCCACCUCAGCAGGAGACUUCUAGACAAAUACAAAGAGAGAAGUCCUGGGUACCUCGAGCAGAUGCUGCUGUUUCAAGAACAGCUGUUGUCCAGAAGAGGGUCUUUAGAGAUGGGUGGACAAGUCGGGUGGUUUGGCAAAAGACGUCAGUGAAGCCUCCCGUGACGACAGAUCCGGCACGUCACCCAUCUGAGUGAGUUAAAGAAAUUCUCUUGAUUCAUACAAAGCAAUCUAAACGUAUGAAUGUUUGCAGAAACGAUACUUAGUGCUUGUAUUUUUAGGCAGGAGAGACAAACAGAGAAAUCCCUGGUACCUCCAGCACCAGCCGCUGUUCCAAAAACAGCUCCCUCACAAAGGCAAGAGAUAGGUGGACAAGAGACGGCAACCAAGCCUGUCGUUACGUCAGCUUCUCCACCUCAGGGUCAGCGUUCUGCCUGGGGAACUUCUUUACCUCAGGGUCAGCGCUCUUUCUGGGAUACCUUUCCACCUCAGCUGCAGAGACCAAGAGCCAAACCUGAGACCCUGAUACCUCCAGCAGCUGCCGAUGUUCCAAGAGCAGCUUCCUCACAAAAUGAGGGGAUUGGUGGACAAGAGACGUCCACAGAACCCCCCUUCACGCCACCUUCUCCACCUCAGAAGGAGAGUAGUACAAAGACACUGGAGUCCCGGGCACCUCCAGCACCUGCCGCUGUUCCAAAAACAGGUAAACAAAAAAAUCAUUACUUUCUCACAAGAAACAUCCACAGAACCUCCUGUCACGCCGGCUUCAGCUUCUCAGCUUCCUCACAACAAGAGACGACCACAGAAGCCCCCAUCACGCCAGCUUCUCCGCCUCAACAGGAGAGUCCUGCGCAGAGGCUGGAUGAACCAGAUCCAGUAAAAUCUGAGCCCCUGGUACCUCCAGUAGAUGCUGCCGUUCCAAAAACAGCUCCAGGAGAUGCAGUGGACACACCUAAGGUUUCCAAAAAGGCAAGAAGGAGGAUAAGGAAAAUGACAAAUGCUUCCUCACAACAAGAGACGACCACAGAAGCCCCCAUCACGCCAGCUUCUCCGCCUCAACAGGAGAGUCCUGCGCAGAGGCUGGAUGAACCAGAUCCAGUAAAAUCUGAGCCCCUGGUACCUCCAGUAGAUGCUGCCGUUCCAAAAACAGCUCCAGGAGAUGCAGUGGACACACCUAAGGUUUCCAAAAAGGCAAGAAGGAGGAUAAGGAAAAUGACAAAUGCAGCUUCCUCACAACAAGAGACGACCACAGAAGCCCCCAUCACGCCAGCUUCUCCGCCUCAACAGGAGAGUCCUGCGCAGAGGCUGGAUGAACCAGAUCCAGUAAAAUCUGAGCCCCUGGUACCUCCAGUAGAUGCUGCCGUUCCAAAAACAGCAGUUUUAAAAAGGCAGGAGAUUGCCGGAGAGGAGACACAGAGGCAGGAGGCGAACGACACUGACACAUCUGUUGAAGACCUAUGUGAGCGGCUGGAGGAAGUACAUCUGUCCUCAAACCCUCCUGCCAGAGCUACACAGUCUCCUGUACCUGAACGUCACUCCUUCAGCCCAUUCAACCCACUGAAGCCUCUGCAUCCAGCAACAUUUGUUUUUGAAAUACCAUCCACAUUAGCGGAAAUUGAAUAUUUUUGUGAGCAGCUGAAUGAAUUUCAUCUGUCAACAAAACCCCCUGCCGCCGCACACAGACCUUCUCCUGUACCUGAGCAUCAGUUAGGAUCAAACUCCUCCAGCUCAUUUAACCCACUGAAGCCUCUGCGUCCAGCAAAAUUUAUCUUCGAGUCAUCAUUUGAUAUUGAACAUUUACGUAAGCUUCUAGAGGAAGUACAUCUGUCCUCAAAAGCCCCUGCCGCACCUAGACCAUCUCCGGUACCCGAGUGUCAUCAUUUAGGAUCCUCUAACAUUCAUGGAGCGAGCUCAUUUAAUAGACUGAAGCCUCUUCGUCCGGCCAAAUUCCUUUUUGAAUCACCAUCCGCAUUUGGUUUUGGACAAGAGCAGAAGUCUGACUGCCAGAUGAGUGGGCAAGAAAGGUCCAUAGAGCCCCCUGUGACAGCGGACCCCAGAACAACACCUUUUCCAUCUCAGGGUCCUCGUUCUGCUCUAAAGCCAGAGGAUCACGCUCCAGUGGGAUAUGCAUCUCCGAAAGUUUCUAGGGCUGCAAGGAAAGAAAAAAGAAAGAUGAGGAAAACUAAAAAAGAUUUUCAAAAGAGGCAGGAAGCGAACGGCACACUGGAGACCGUUGAACAUUUAUGUGGGCUGCUCGACGGACUCCAUCUGUCCACAAAGCCCUCUGCACCAGCUACACCAUCGUCUGUACCUCAGUGAGUUGAACAAAACCAUUCUCAGUUUAUAUGUGAUUGAAUGUUUGCAGAUAUGGUAUGCAGAGAUAGUUACACUCCUAUACAUUAAUUGCAUCAAUUUAAAAAGUGCUGUUUAAUUAUACUAAAUCUCUGUUUGUUGUAUUUGCAGCUAAACCUUGGCAGAGAGGCACCUGAAAUGCAGCCUAUGGACUCAAGCACAGGUGUAGCGACGAACUUCCGGUGUUGUCAGGAUAUCAGUUU